UAGUAUACCCCACUCCGCGGAACUCUUGAUUAACUAAUACUAGGUGUUUGCCCGCGAUUUUGCGGAUGAUAAUAUUAUAAGAGAAAUACAUGAUAUGUUUAUAAUGUUAUAAUUUUUGAAUAAUAAUUAUAAAUUCUAAAAAUUUAACAUUGAAUAGUUUGAUAUUCAAAAAUUUCAGCACCUAUUUUUAGAAGAGCUGUGAAAUUUAAAAUAAUUACAUAAAUAUAAGUCGCUAAAAAUAUUUUUCUUAAAUGUAAGUAUUAUUACAAUUGGUUCAAAUAAUUAGUUGUUAAUAUUUUUUUGUUUAUUUUAACACGUGGAAAACGAAAAACACUCUUACCAUAAAAAUGUAUUUUUGUGUAGAUCCAAGAAUAUGGUUAGAGGCUUCUAUAGCUCUGUCAUCUUCGUUGAUGAUUUGUUUUAUUUAAAUUUCUUUCAUUUGUUUGAUUGUUUCCAAUUUAUUUUAAAUUUGACAAGAAACUAAAUUGUUUUUGUGUAUUUUUUUCAAAACAAAAGUUUCGGGUAUGACUAAAAACUCAAUUUUAUUUUUAUAUGUGAAUAAGGUAUUAAACAAUCUUAACAUUUAUAAACCAUUCACGCCCAAACAUACUUUAAGACCAUCAAAGUUGUUAUAUACACCUCUUACAAAUCAUCAUAAAACACAUACAGUGAAAAUAUACAAUAAUAUGGUUAUAUAUAUCACAAUAAUACAGUGAAAAUAUGGAUAUUGGGUUUUUUGGUCAAAACCAAAUUAAGUUGUAGUUUAAAGAUUGAUUGGAUCUGAUAUUUGAUUUUUUUUGGGGGGUGUUUCUAUUUAUUUUGAAUCGACUGAUGAUUGAACCUGUCGAGUUGAUUUUUGGGUUUGUAUUUCCAGCGCUAAAUCUUUGUCGUCGACCAAACACUGAUCAUGAAGAAAUCAACAAACUAUCAUCUUCAAAAGCCAAAAGCCAAGGAUACCAGAAAAUCAUCAUCCAACUUAUAAUAUUAUAAGAGACAUAUAAAAACAUACACAUGAUAUAAUUAACACAUAUAACAAAAAAAAUAUGUGAUGUUGAGAUUAAUAAUAUAUUUUAUAAUAAACUAAAUGUGUAAAAAAUAUUUUUGAGAAUAACUUAGGUUUAAAAAAUUCUUUAUUAAUUUCACAUUGUUCACUAUCACAUACAUAUUUUAGAUAGUAGAAGACAACAAAUUGUGAGUUUUACUCAUUUUAAUUCAAUUUAUUAUUUAUAUUUUAUAGCAUAGAUGUAAUAUAUUGUAAUAUACAUAUAAAAUAUAUGUUAUUUGUAUAUAGCCCCGGGCGUAGCCCGGGCAAAAUCUCUAGUGUAAUUAAUACUUCGCCAAAUGCAGUUGUAUAUAGUCUUGACUCUUGAGUCGCCUAGCAACACUAUUCAGAGAAAAAAAAUGUCUAGAUUAAUAAAUACUAUGGGGUGUCCGCGCUGCGCGCGGAAUAUUGUUUUAUUAUUGCUAAGAACAUGAUUUUUUUGGAUAAUGUAACUAUUUUGUCGUUUUUAUUUGUUAAAAGCAUUAUUUGGUGUUUUUAAUGUGUUAUGUAGUAGUAGGUGAUAGGUUAAUAUAUUUUGUGUUUGUUUUUUUGAAUAAUGUGUCAUUGUGUGUACAGUCCUUGUUAAUAGUGAAGUGAACCUCUAACGUAAAAGAAUAUUGAAUUUCAAUAACUUUGCAUCUACGCAUUUGUUGAUUAAUUCUAAGAUUAACGGUUUCAACGUCAAAAUUGUAUUAUAUUUUUUCAUAUUUUUGAAAAUUAAAACUUUUAAGAUAUUUUUUGUCCUCUUCCCAUAUUUUGACUUGAGCCGUCACCGUCUAUGUAGUUCGUUACCUUUCUGGUGUGCGGUGCUUCUCACCAUCACCGGAAAAAGACUCACUUCUUUCUCUUGUUUUUCUUUGAAUUCUUCACCUGUGAGAUUAUAUGGUCUUUGUUGUAGAUCAUAUUUCUGAGUUUUCAGUUGUUCGGUUGAUUCUCACGGUAUUGUAGGUUGUUCCAGUCAAUAUUGAUUGCUCAUCUUUUUCUUUAGAUUUCAGCUGAUGUUAGGAAUUGCAUCUCCUUGGUUGGGUCAGAGUUUAAUCGUCUUUGAUGUUUUAUUCCUCGUCGUUGGCUUACCGUCAAUAGUCUUUGCUCGUCUUGGUUUUCAAGAUCUAGUUUUUGAUGUUCUGACUUCUAUGCUCUCUUUCAUAGCUCGAGGGCGGCUCCAUAGUUUGCUGAUUUCGUUUCGUCUCUCUUUCCCUCACUAUUCUCGCAUCUCUUUGCAGCUUUCAUCGCAUCUCUGGUGGCUCUCCCUUUCACCAUGUUUGCCACUCGAGGUUUAGAUAAUGUUUCGUUCGUGUAUGCUAUGUGGGCUUGGAAGGUAAUUUUUGGUCUCAAGUUUAGUUUCUGAUUUUUUGGUGGUUGUCUUUCAUUCUCCAUUCCUCAAGUUGUUUAUUUUCUUUCCAUGUUUCCUUUGGUAUAGGUGUGCGGAGCUAGUCUCUUGGAGCUUUGGUCUUUUCUAUCCAGAGCUUUGUGUUUUUUCACUUGCAUGGUCGUGUUGUAUGUUCGUGUUUAGUUUAUGAGAUGUUUCUUGCCUUUUAGCUAAUGGUUGUGAUUCCGGUGCUUUAAGCAUAUAUCUUCCUGCUUCUUGAUGGUUUUGGCCUUUCGAUUAUUAUUCUCCCUCUGGCUCGUUUUCUUGGUUAUUUGUGUUGGUGCUCUAAUUUCUUAUUCUUAGUUUGAUUAUUAAUAAAUAUAUAAUUUGUAAAUAAAAUAAGAAAAAUUAGUAAAAAAAUAAUAAAAUGGUGAAAAUUUAUGUAUUUUUAGUUAUUAAUAAAUUUAAAAUUUAAAAUAUAUUUAUAUUAUUUUAUUUAUUUCGGACCAAUAAGUGCGAGAAAGAUUAGAUAAUACAUAAUUAGAAAUUUAUGGAGUAAAUUGUAAUAAUUUAAAAGAAGAAAGAUUUAAAAUACAAAAAAAAACAUGAAGACGCAUGUCAACAAACCCUCCUUCUACGUGUCAUAAGAAGGGAAAAAGUCAACUUUAUAUAUAUAGAUAGAUGAUCACAGAAAUGCACGAGCCUUAAUUGACAAGUCAUUUUUGCAUUGACAAGGGCCGCGUGAGACCGCAUACUUCAGUGUGAAUCAUAUGCAGACGUAGACCUUUUUCUUUUUUUCUCUUGUUGUUGGUUUUAUUCAUACUCAAACUUACACUUGUUUUCUAGAAUCUAGCAGUCACUGCCAUAUGACAAAAUUCGACUAUAGUAUUCCCAACCAUUCGAACUCGAACUUUAUAACCAAAAAAAAAACAUUUAAUUAAUUAGUUACUAUGAUUCUUGUGCCAUGUAUAAAAUAUUCAUCAUUUGUAGUAGUACAAUCCACUAGUCUACACCCACUUAGUAUACUAACUUACAGUUUUCCUCAUGACGAUCUCAUCUCCCUCCAACUUUGGUAGUGUGUUCCUCAUAUUAUCGAGGAGACCAGUUACGCUAUGGGUUCGUCAGUCACCUUAUAGACGCCUUUGAGAGAUACGGGAUCAUGUUCUUUAUAGAUAAAGACGAGCAAAGGGGCAAAGAUUUGACAAACCUAUUUGUAAGGAUGAAAGAGUCUAAGAUCGCGCUGGUAAUCUUCUCUAGCAGGUAUGCAGAGUCCAGCUGGUGCAUGGAUGAGCUUGUGAAUAUAAAGAAACGUGCAGAGAAAGGAAAGCUCGAAGUCAUUCCCAUCUUUUACAAGGUUAGGGCAAAAGAUGUGAGAGCACAAACAGGCAAGUUUGGUGACAAAUUUUGGGCGCUAGCAAAGGUUUCUAGUGGAGAUCAGAUCAAGAAGUGGAAGGAUGCACUAGAAUGUAUCUCCAAUAAGAUGGGUUUGUCCUGA